AUGUGGUUAAGCUCUGAGAUGGAAGAGGAAGUCGAACAAGUCGAGGAGGAGGAUGCCGGAGAAGAGCUUGACGAGGACACCGUCGGUGAAGAGAAGACCAAAAGCCGACCAGCACAGGAAGAGGAAAAACCGGCAGAGAUAACGGAAGCAGAAGCUGCUAUGCUUGUAAGUGCAGAAAAAGAAAGAAAAUCAUUCAAUCUAUACUUGUUGUAGGG